AUGCAAAGUACGUAAAAUUAAGAAGACUAACAAUAAAAUAAUUAGUCAUUAGAGCCUAACAAAUAUGAAUUUAAGUAUUUUUCUAUCUUAAAAAAAGAGGUUUGGUGUUCACAAGAAUUAAGUGGGUUUAAAGUUAUAACAAUAGCUCAAUGUUAAUGGAGGAGAUGUAUUUUCAUUAAGAUAUGAUCAAGAUGAUCAAUAUCUUGCUGUAGGGAUGUCAGAAGGAUUGAUUCAUCUUUAUAAUUAAAGUAUAUUGAUGAUUUUAUAAAAAUAGAUAAAUUAGCACAUACACUAGAAUAAUUUUAAACUCCUGUUACUGCUUUAAGAUGGAGACCAAAUUAUGGUCCAAAAGCAAAGGGUAUAUUGGUAUCAGCAAAUGCAGAAGGACAUAUAAUACAUUGGCAUGCACAUUCAGGAAAAUAAUUACACAAAAUUGUAGAAGAAAAUAAUAGUGUUUUAUGUUUAGACUUUAAUUUUGAUGGAAGUUUGUUUGCAACUGGAGGUAAGGAUUUUUGUGUUAGAAUUUAUGAUGAUGACAUAAAAAGUGUGUAGCAUCAAUUUUAAUCAGCAGAUUGGUAUCUUUUCUAAAAUAAAUUAGGGGUUAGAGAGGUCAUGCAAAUAGAGUAUUUGUUGUAAAAUUCAUGCCAGACUAACCUAAUAUUCUAAUAUCAGGAGGUUGGGAUGCAAAUGUUUUGAUUUGGGAUAUAAGAGAGAAAUAAUGUGUAGGUCAAUUUUAUGGGCCAUCUUUAUCUGGAGAUUCGCUUGAUUUUUCAGUUAAGAGAUAAUUGAUAUUGACUGGAUCACAUAGAACAGAAAAUUAAAUAUAAUUAUGGGAUUGGAGAACAAGAAAACUUUAUUAAGAAAUAUUUUGGACUGGAUCUUAAUCUGAUGACAAUAGAUCAUAUUAUAUAUAUGCAACUUAGUUUAAGUAAUUGUUUUACUGAAAUUUAGCAAAGCAAAUGAGGACUAUAUUUAUGCUGGAAGUUCAGGACUCCAUGAAAUCAAACUUUUUAGUUUGAAAGAUGGUCAAGCCAAGGCAUCUAUAUUAGGUUUACCAAAAGGUAUUCUUAGCAUUGAUUAAAUGAAUACAACUGAUUCUAUUAUUUUUAGUGGGAUAGAAGGAAUAGUAAAUAUUUUUAAGGCAUGA